GUGCACGCUGUUUGGGGGCAGGGCUGCUUUCGCUGAAAGAAGGGGGCGGCCGUCCGCCUGCGUGCGUUGGCUCUCGCCCGAACCGCCCAAAAUUGCUUCGUCGGCCCCAACCUUCCCAAACCACCACCUCCCACCCGCCCAGCAUGUUUUCAGGCAGCACCACCCGGGCCACGCGCUCGAGGAUCUCAAGCCCGCAACUGCCUGCGAACCCGUCGUCUGACUCGGCAAAGAAACAAACGUUCAUGGAACGUUGGCUGGAGCCCGCAGUCCAGCACCGCCCGAGCUAUCAGGAGGCUGGCCUGCUGCGACACGGGGUUGUCGAGAAUAUGGUACCGCUGGGCACUCUGCCAAAACCCGCAGCCACAAGAAAGAACCAGGAGCAGCACUUUCGUCGCAUUGUCCUGAAGACAGGAGGCGCCCAAAACCAGACUCAGAACCAGAACCAGGCCCGGGCAGAGCCGCAAGGAGACGGAGACAUUACGGAGCCAGCAGCAGAUAUUGCGCAGACUUCGGACGAGGCCGCUGAUUCUGAGCCAGAGCCGAUAAUGGCAUCUGCAGUGGAGGACGCACCAGAGGUCGUGGCCGAUGUCGCUCCGGCGAAGGGCCCUCAGACGGCCGUCACCUCGCACCUCACCCGCCGCUCACUUCCCUCCUCAUCCGCAAAAGGUGAAGAAGCACAGGAACCGAGGAAACCCACCCGGGUAAAGUUCACGCGCAAGAGCAUGCCUGCCACACAAAGCCCAGACGACACCACCAAACAGGAACGACCACCACAACUACCACUACAACAACAGCGGCGGCAAGAACAAGAACAAGAACAACAACCACCCCCUCGACACGUAGCCACUACUCCUACACCAACGCAUCGCAGCGAUCGCAGAUCAAAGAUCAUACCCAACAGCGCCAGCACCAACAGCAGUGAUAACAGCCCUGUCAGCACUCGCAACCGCACAGCAAGCAUCAGUGGCAGCUCUGCUGCAGAUCUCAGUAUGGCACAGGCAGACGCCGACGCUGGCGGCAGCUUCCGCGACAGCGCGCGGGCACCAGCUGCCGCCACCGAUGCUGCUUCCUCUCUGGAGUCCACGACGGACAACAAAGAGGUCGCAGACAGGGUCGGCGAGGUAGUAAAAGUGGCAGUGGAGCAGGCGCUCAGUCAUUUCCGGUACCCCACGGCCUGGGCGCUCCGCUCGCUCUACGAUGACAGCGUCGCCAUGCCUCACGUGAUGGAGCUUUUCGACCAGGUUUUCAACCAGAGGGCAUCCGAGGACUCGCUCGCCGAAUUCUUCCUCAUGAUCAAGCAGAAAAAGCGUGAGGGCAAGAAGGACAACAAGGCCUGCUACGCGCUCGUUCCCCCAUCCACAAACUCGCUUCCCCCGCCCCACAAGCCCAAGCCCGCUCCCUACGGGGACAUGGUCAAGCUGGACCUGGCUAAAAUUGCGUCGAGCCUGGCGACUCUUCGUGCGCCUGCGUCGCCACCUGCCGCGUCUCCCGAGGUGCCCGCUCCUGAUCCAGACGCUCACAAGAGCAAGAGGCAGAAGACUGUCGGUCGGAGCGCCUAUCAGAAGACGCCAACCAAGACGCGCUCGUCGGCAGCGCCGGGCGGCGGUGCAAAUGGCACAAAGACGCCAGCAUCGCGCUGUGGCAAGCGCAACGGCUCCAUUGACGUGGAUAGCACGUCGUCGCUGUCGUCGGCGCCGUCGGACCUCGAGGAUGUAGGGGAGGAGGGGGUGUUUGGCUCGGACGCGCCCGCGCCCCCGUCCCCGACGCCUCUGCCCACUGCAGCCAGGCGAGCGAGAAACCAGGGCCGGCGCUCGGCGGCACAUGCGGAACAGAAGCAGGACAGUCGGGAUCAGGCGGUCGCUGCCGAUGCUGACGCCGCUGUUGACGCUGUCGCUGACUCUGCCGUGGUGGCGGAACCGGCGCGUGCCCAGAGGAGCAGCAGCAGGGCACGGGUGGCGCACCAGCCAAUCACGACCAGCAGACGCCGGUCCAGAAAGACUGCUGCGAACGUGUCACCCACGCCCACGCCCACGCCCACGCCCACGCCCACCCCUACACCUCACAAUAAUCUCGCACCAAACUCUCCGCCCGCGUCGGUGCAUGACAGCAACCCGGCCGACACCCCCGACCAGCCCGAGGCCCGCAUGCUUGCCGUCGCUCCCAAGACGGCUGCCUCCAAGACUGCUGCUGCUGCUGAUGCUGCUGCUGCGAAGAACCGUGACACCCCGGCCACGGCUCCCAGGAGAGGAACCAGGAACAACCGCGACGGCGUCAACAACAACGCCAACAGCGACGCCGCCGCGAACAGCAGCAAGGCAUCCUCGCCGCAACCGCCGCAGUCGGCUCCGCCCAAGUUUGCGAGCAAGACGGGCACGCUGGAUGACGACGAUCCUAAGGCUAAGCUGCGCAGGGACGCUCGCAACAUCACCAACAGUAUCACCAUCUCGGAGAGCUUUUCUCGCCGCGGAGAUAGCCUGAGCGUCGAGCCCGUGAAGGAGUCCUCUCCCGCGCCCGCCCCGGCCCCGGAUGCCGGCGACAGCCUCGUUCCCGACGUGUCCACCCCGACGCCCUCCUCGGGCCAGCAGCUUCGGCGUCCUAGAGCGGCGCACCAGCUGCGGAGCACCAGGUCGGCGCGCAAGCGAUCCCAUGAGGAAGCUGAGGACGACACCUUCUCGCCACUGUCGACAUCGUUCCCGCCGCCGGUUGCCCCUACCCCGUCGUCGACAGUCAACUCUCGUGCUGGAACCCCCGGCCCUCGGCCUGCAAAGAAGGCUCGGACUGGCCUUCGCGUCAAGAACUCUCCUAUGAAGAAGCGGACGGGCCCCUCCGCAGGACUCCCUCGUGCUAGCGGCGAGCGUAGCAGCCCAGCCCCGGCUGGAGCGCCCAACUCUCUGGAUGACAACGACGACUACUGCGCGUCGUGCAGCGGCAAUGGCGAGCUGGUGUGCUGCGAGACGUGCUCGCGGUCUUUCCACUUCAAGUGCGUUGAUCCGCCGCUCCAGGCACCCAACCUACCAGAGGAGUGGUUCUGCAACGUGUGUCUGAGCGAGCGCAACCCCGCCAGCAUGGCCCACCGCUCUGGCUCGUUUCAGUAUCUCAUCACGGACCUGAACAUGCGGAACUCGAGCGCCUUCCGCCUCCCUGCCGAGGUGCGCGACUACUUCGUUGACGUCCGCGCUGGCCCCGACGGAGAGUACGAGGAUGUGCCUCCAGCCGCUCCCAAGACCAAGAGGCGCGGCGGCUACGAGGAGGCUCCCGACUUUUUCCGCGUGCGCGAUCCCGAUGGAAACGCUGUCGUGUGCCACUACUGCGACUCGCCCUCGGCCGCCAACAGGGCCAUCAUCCCCUGUAACAGCUGCAGCCUCUACUGGCAUCUCGACUGCCUGGAUCCUCCCCUGGCCGUGCCCCCUGUUCUGCGUACCUGGAGGUGCCCUGCCCACGUCGACGAUCUCCUGGCCAUCAUGCCCGCCACUCUGGCGCCCGCACACAAGCGACGUCGCGUCAAGGGCGCAUCGGUCGUCCGCCCAGCUUACAGUCGUGGACUGAAGAACAACGGCUACAUCGAGAUUGAGGAUGACGAGUACGAUGACGCGCAGACCUCCAACAUGCCGGUCAACGCUGAUCAGAGGCUGCCCGUCCGUGGACUCGUUCUUGACUUUGUCGACAGUGUUAGAAGCUCAUCCAAGGAUCAUCAUCGGAAGCGUGCCAGAAAGGCAAUUGCGCCUGAGCGGGGCUCCUCGCACACCGUCGACGCCGUUGCUUGCGACCACGCACACACCGCGCCCAGCGGCAGUGACUACUUCGACACCCGCCCCAUUGAUCAUGUCCAGGCGGCACACAGCCUGUCGACCCUUGCCAAUGCAGUAACCGGACCCUCGGACAGUGUCGGUCUCCUUAUCGACGCAAUGCUCGCUGGCGCCGACGAUAACGUCAUCAGCUUGAUGUCGCGCACCAACCCCGUCCACCUGGAGCAGGGCCAUGGGCUUACUACGCUCGAUAAGGUCGGCCUCAAGGCUAUGCUAGCUCGGCUAACCCAGUUGACGGGCCGGGUAGAGCAGAUGAUUGGCACUCCAGACUCUGUGCCGUCGUCGCCUCCGACCCUCAUUCCCGAUCGCGCGAACCUGGACGAGCCGUCGCCCAUCAUCACUGCCGACAGCCCGGCUGCCGUGCCUCAGCUGACCGAGGGGACGGAAAAGUCGACCCCCGAGGUCGAGGAACUCCCUGUUGUCACUCCCGUCACCGAGCUGGAGCCGACGAGCCCCGUGAAGCAGGACCUGGGCUGUGACGAUGUCGACAUGGCAGACUCGAUGGCCACGGUGCCUGACGAGACCGAGACCAUCACGCCGGUCAAGGCCAUGCCUGCGCCUCGCGCUACCACUUUCGCCGACAAGGCGGAUGCUGUGUCCGUAAAAGCUGUCGGCGCCGUCUUGUCGAGCUUUGGAGACUCGAUUCCAACUCCCUCGACAUCCCCAGCCGAGGAUGGCGCCCGGCGAGUCAAGGAGGUGAUCACUACAGAACGCCAGAUGUAGAUGGCAUGGAUAUCGCAUAACUGUCGUCCUUGGGUCUCCAGAGACCUCGAUGCUCUACGCCACGUUCUUCCCUUGUUCUAGUCGAGCUUGGCUGUCCUGUAUCAUGGACACUCGUUUAGUCUUCUCAUGACUAAAGAUCAGGUGCUGACAUCGAACUUUUUUUUUUAAGAACGAACGCUAUGGUGCGAUUUCAAGGGUUGUAUCUAUGGUCCACAUCGGGCUAGCCUUUCUGACCUUCGUCCUUGAUCCAUCGCAUAACAAACUUUCGUCCUUUCUACUUUUACCCAGAACUUGCAAAGCGCGCCUAUCCCUCUGCCUUUUUAGGCUCCUGAGGAUGUUUGCUGCAAUUCACGGUUUUUGUAACAUAGCGUGUACCCUCUCGGUUUUCUUUUCCUUUUCCACUUAACUGCACAGGGCUGAGGCGAACGUCACGUUCUCGUGGUCGCCUUGCACUUCCACGGCCUCGUACUGGUUCUCCCUGAGAACAUGGUAUCUUUGCAUUUUUCGUUUCUUCAUUUCUACUUGUCCUUUUUCUUUUCAACUUCCAUCCCGACCCUUCUCUCUCUUCAUUGUUGCUGUUGUUCUCUUGUUUUGGCAGGAGGACCAUUCAGCCAGUGAGAGAAGGCUUGCUUUAUUUUCGCUUUUUUUCUUUUUCUUUUUUUUCUUUUUUGGUUCCCGCUCACUACUGAGGGUCCGGGGGUGUGUGCCUUGUUAUCUCUUUUUGGAGGCCCACCCAUCCGGCUAUCCCACCCGAGGUUGCUGUUUGUGAGCGGACAUCCCACCUAGACACAAAGAAACGUGCGCGGGGAUAUCAAGAUUUCACGGGAGGAAGAGAUGGGAAGUUGUGUGACGAGCGAAGACGAGGAUUGAGCAGAUGGAUGGGUGGUGGAUAACGAGUCUCUUUGCUGAGGCGGGGAGAAAGAGAAAGCCAUCGCAAGACUGGUCUUUUUAUAGAUUCAUCAGGCUCAGAACCCCCACAAGAGACUCUUCUUGAUUGACUAG